UCCUCGUCUAAAUAUGUCACAAGAGACAACACAGUGCAUUGAUGAGUAAUCUGUUUCAGCACAGUCAUCUACCAUUCAUCAUACGUGACCAGAUGCAAACAGACCAAAUGUGGAACGAAUAGAAUGUUCAUGUGGGACAUGUUACCAACGCCGAGAGGCUUCCUUGGAGCUGUUGCCUCCUCUUCAGCCAAACUGUCACUUGGCGCUGACUACCUCAAAGGUGUGUGUGAAACCGGGCUGAAAACCUGGGCUGGGGAAGAAAGGAUAUUCCAGCAAGAUAAUGAAACUGCUCCAUGCGACUGGCUGCACAUCCCCUUGAGGCUGUUGUGCGGAGGUCUGCUGUUCACCUGUAAUGCCGUGAUGUGGACCUUCUUCGCCAAAGCUCUCAGGCUCUCCUCGUCCUCUGCUCAGGCCACUGUGACCACCACUGCCUCCAACUUCAUAUCCUCUGCAUUCCUUGGGAGGCUGAUAUUUGGGGAGACCCACGCUGCACUCUGGUGGGUCGGCAUCUCUCUCACUCUGUCAGGGCUACUCAUCGUGCAUGGGUCCACAAACCAGGAAUCCCAGCCAACUGUGGCCAAAAAGAUUGAAUGAGACUGUAUGUGAUGAUGAACGCAGCCCUGUUCCUGUAAACCAGCGUGUUCAGAUGGAUACCAAGUGAUCCUCUAAAGGUUCAUUUAAAUAACAAUGUAGUGCAUGGAUUAUUCACAAAGCACAGCACCCUUUGCAGUGCAGUCAGCAUACUGCACCACAAGUAUGCUUGUCAGUGGUGUAGUUGUUGCUGUACUGAUAAGGGUGUGACCUGCACUUUAAGCAAGAGGAAUUUAUAUGAUGCCAUUAACUUGGCCAAGAAUUGAUCCGUACUGUUACGCAAUAUAACACUGAGACCAACAUGAGGGAACAUAUUUACUAUGCACCACACUUGUCAUAAUAUGCAUAACUUUUUAUUUACCUUAAACUUAUUUUGUGGGGUUAAAA